UCGCAAGUUACAACGGAAUCGCACUGAACUGCACCAUACCGCACCACCUUUGCUUCUGCUUCACACCACAGACGAACCGCCACAGAAACAGACCACACAACACACUCUCUCUGUUUUGUGUCAUACCUGACGAAACGGUUUUCGUUAGAGAGAGGGGGCACCGGGAAAAGUGCCGCCACCUGCGAUGCCGAAUCCCGAGGCUAACCGCAGCCAACACUCCCGCUCCCGGGCCCGUGCCUCUACGUCAGCAGCGCCGCGGCAGCCGGUCAGGGCCCGAGCCUCUCUGCGCCAGCUGCUGCGCGUGGCGUCAGUGGCGAGCGGUAUUCAGUUCGGUUGGGCCUUGCAGCUCUCCCUCCUCACUCCCUACGUCCAGCAGCUUGGCAUCCCUCACCAAUGGGCCAGCAUCAUCUGGCUCUGCGGCCCGGUCUCCGGCCUCUUCGUCCAGCCUCUCGUCGGUCACAUGAGCGACCGCUGCACCAGCCGCUUCGGCCGCCGCCGCCCCUUCAUCUUCGUCGGCGCUGUCUCCAUCGUGAUCGCCGUCGUCAUCAUCGCCUACGCCGCCGACAUCGGUUGGAUCCUUGGCGACACCGCCACCUACCGACCGGCUGCCAUAACUGUCUUCAUAAUCGGCUUUUGGAUCCUCGACGUCGCCAACAACGUCACGCAAGGUCCCUGUCGAGCCUUGCUCAGUGAUCUCACCAGCAAGGAUCCUAGAAGGACACGUGUUGCAAAUGCUUACUACUCACUGUUUAUGGCCAUUGGUAAUAUUCUUGGCUAUGCAACUGGAUCAUACAGUGGUUGGUACAAGGUUUUCCCUUUUACACUUUCCCCUGCUUGCACAAUUAGUUGUGCAAAUCUCAAGUCUGCUUUCUUUCUUGACAUUGCUUUUAUUGCGGUCACAACAUAUAUCAGCAUCAUGGCAGCUCAUGAAGUGCCUCUAAAUUCUAAUGUGGUGGCCCAUGCUGAAGCAGUGGCCGAGGAGUCAGGUAGUGCCGAAGAAGCUUUCAUGUGGGAAUUAUUUGGGACAGUCAAAUAUUUUUCAACCCCUGUAUGGAUAAUUCUGUCUGUUACUGCUCUCACAUGGAUUGGAUGGUUUCCAUUUACUCUAUUUGAUACUGAUUGGAUGGGUCGAGAGAUUUAUGGUGGUGAUCCAAAUCAAGGCCUUAUAUAUGAUACUGGAGUUAGAAUGGGAGCACUUGGUUUGUUGCUUAAUUCAGUUGUUCUUGCAUUGACAUCAUUGCUCAUGGAAAGGUUAUGCAGGAAGAGGGGGGCUGGUUUUGUGUGGGGAAUCUCAAAUAUCGUGAUGACAUUUUGCUUUCUUGCAAUGCUUGUAUUAACCUAUGUGGCCAGUAGCAUAGGCUAUGCAGGCAAAGAUCUACCUCCACCUGGCAUUGUGAUAGCCGCAUUGAUUAUCUUUACCAUUCUUGGGUUUCCCCUGGCAAUCACUUAUAGUGUUCCAUAUGCCUUAAUUUCCACACAUAUCGAGUCUUUAGGACUUGGCCAAGGGUUAUCAAUGGGUGUCCUAAAUCUGGCAAUAGUGGUCCCACAGGCUGUACAAAUGGUCCUAUAUUGGGAAAUAUCAUCUCCAAUGUGUUGUUCCUUUUGAAGCUUUAUUUCUAUAGUUCUUGGGACGGUUCUGAACUGUUGAAGAAGUGGAAAGAAGGUGAAAGUUGCCAAAAUUGUUAGAAUGGUCCCAGUGAAUGGGCUGCCACAUGGGAGCUGGCAUGGCAAUUAGAGUCCGUUUACUUUGUGCUUUUAUUUCCGAUUUUGAUUUCUGUUUUCAAUUUUUAGAUGGUUGUUGGGGAAACAUACACAACAAAGAAAAAAUGUUUUCAAUGUUUUCUACACGAGUCUUUGAUAAGAUGAAACAAAUUGAAAUCAAGGUGUUACUUUUGUAAUUAAAAAAUAUAAAAAAAUGAGAAUAAGAAAUAAAAACAGUAAAACUGAUCCUUAAUGUGCCGCAUUAGCAUGUCUGACAUUUAGUUUACUAAGGAAACAAUUGUAUUAACUUGAGUGAUGAUAUUCAAUUUUAGAUACUGUGUGAACCAUGUUCAUAGUAAAAAAAAAGGAAAAUCCAUUUUGGAACUAUCAUGAGAUCUUAAUCAUUUCUGGGACUAAGUUGGCAGCAGCCUACAGUUUUAGGGACUGAACUGUUGAUGUCUUAUGACUAGGCUUCUACUUGUGGGUCAAUGUUGGCAUAGGUAGGGCACUUAACACGCUACAUUAGCACGCUUGUUGCCAUUUUUGAGUGGGGGUAACGGAUGGAAUAAGUUGAGAAUCUUCUAUUUUAGAGUAUUUAGACAUUUUAAUAAUUUCGAAGACUAAAUUGACACACUUCUACAGGACUAAAGUUAUGAUUCCCUCAAGAAAUAGAAUUUGAAUUGAUUUGCAAAUCAUUCUCUUGUUUGUAGGAGCACCUCUAAGAUAAAUUGAAUUUAUUUUGUUUCAUCAAAUUUGUUUACCACCCUUAUUUAGAAUUUAGGUAAAAUAAAAUCACUAAUGUAAUGUGGGCAAAGAUUUCAUUUCUAAUAAAUUAAAGCUAAAGUCAAAUUUAAUCCAACCAAGCAUACUAGUAUGUAGUUUUUAGCAAAUAAUGUUGUGCUCUCUAAGUGGAAACUUUAUAAAAGAGCAAUACUUAUGAAGUGUUUUCGGUCCCAGA